GCUAUCACAUCACAUCCUCCUCCUCUAGAAUUUCUCUUUUUGUUGUACUUUUUUUUGUUUUUUUGUUCUGCCUCUAUUAAAUUUAUAAUGUGUGACAGCAAGCAUCAGACAGAUUGGCUUACACUCGUUCAGAAUGCAGAGAAAACGGCCCUCUUAAAAAAUGGCAUCAUGAAAGUUCAUUAUAAAAUGCCUAAUGGUCAAGAGAUGGUGGAAGAAUACAGUCCAGAAACAAAUGUCCUCUUAAGGAGAGCAUGGCGAAAGCAAGGACUCAAGGAAGAAAGUCAUUGGGAGGUUGAAUUAGGAGAUGCGGAACCGCAAUUCCAGAAACUUGAAACUAUUGGAAUAGUCGAGAGUAAUUCCUCUCCAUACGUCACCAAACGUCUUACCAAAUCCAAUAUUGAGUGGAGGAUACGGAAUCUACCAUAUGAUGAAAAUGUUUACAGAGUCACUGCCAAUCAGGAAGAUGACUGCAUUGUUAUUAGCACUACAAACAAAAAAUAUUACAAAAAACUAGAGGUUCCUGAACUUCAACGAGUAAAUCUUAGACCAUGUCAGAGUAAUAUUAAAUUCACACACAAGUUCAAAACACUGAUUAUAACGUAUGAGAAACCAAAAGAAGUACUCGAGUUAGAAGCUGCUGUUUUAAAAGAAUUGAAAUCGGUGAAGACUGUCAAAGAUACUGACUUGGACUGCAAAACAAGCUGAAGAGGUCAAAAGCACACUAAUGAAUUAUUAAGUGCUACCUAUGUUGUAAAAAAUAUUUGAUGACAUCUGUCAUUUUGAAAAGUGACAGUUCAUUGCUAGUCAAAUAAUCAGAAGAUGAGAUGUAAAUAUUGAAUUUUAAAGUAAAUGAAAAGUCGAAAAAUUUUACUCCGUAAGAGAAUCAAGUAUUCGCAAAACAAUAGUACUGACAACAUAAUGUAUUUCCUACUCAGGCAAAAGAAGCCUGCUUUCCUUCAGAAAAUCCAUGGCACGACUUCUUCUGCCUGAGAAAGUUCAUUUUAUCAAUGCUAAAAGCGCUAGAUACCUUCAUUAAGUAUACCUUCUUAUAUUAGUCUGUGUCUACUAUGAAAAAAUUACCACAAGGACGAGAUAACAUAUAAUAAUGCAAUAGCAAUUGCCUUAUUGAGAUUAACCAAAUGAUUUUUUACAUUCCGACAAUGUCCAUUGUAAACUUACCUAAUCAGUUAAUUUCAUUCCCUUCCUUUUCCCCGAGGAUUUCAAAACUCUUUGCUUUGCGCAUCAUUAUCAAUGCAAAAUUUAUCAAUACAAAAAAAAUUGAACUCAAACCUUGCAUGCUAAAUGAAUCUGUUUUUGAGGGCAUACCUAUCUCUGCUCAUGAUGAAAGUAGAAUUUAAGUAGGCAUUUGGACCGUUGGACCAAUCUUCAUAUUAUUUGCUAAGGUUUAAGCUUGAACCAUCAAAAUGCAAUUCUAUGACUUGCGCCAAUUAUCUAUUGUCUUAUACAGAAUCUUCCAUUAUAAGUCCAAACACUGCUUUGGAUGUAGAGGUAAAGAAUUUUAUAAUGGAUGCAUGGCUAAGCUGGCCUAUUAUCAACCCAAAUUCUGAAUAAUUCAUCCGAGUAUCUGCACCUUUGAGAAAGUGAUGAAGGAAUCAUAGAUUCCAAAAAAUCUUUAAUUGCAAUUUGUCUUAGUUCAAGAUCAAAGUUUCAUUGUCAUUUUUUACACUAUACAUGUCAUUUUGCACUUUAGUAAACAUUUCACCAGCUUUUUUUUAAAUUUUUGAAUAUUGUCUUUCACCUUUUAAACUUUUGUACCCUGUCUUGAAAGAAUACAGUUUUUUUCUUUUCAUCCUA